GUUGUAGAUUUUUUAUCUAGCUCUUUAAUUUCAAGUAAUCAAUUUUUAGUCAUCAAGCUGAAGUCUUUAACUUUAUCUUAAUCUUUUGAACAGGGCUAGCGCUAGUUGCACUGGUGUGGUCUUGUCUGUGUUUACCUUUUGAACAAGGGCAGUUGCACUCCUGUGGUCUUGUUCUACUUUUUGCGCAUUCAUUACAUACCACAUGCAGAAAAUUAAACAAGUCCAGGCCGAGGAGUGGGCAGGGUCUGAAGCAAAGUCAAAGCUGUUUCAGACCUUGUUGACCAUCAGACACGAAGGGCCAUGCACAUGCUGUGAUGGAUCGCGCCUUUAUUGCUUAUAAUUUUUUAGUACUCCUGUAGGAGUACUAUAUAACACAGCGCAGCUUAUAGCACGUAUCGCGGAUGGAGUAGCAUGGAGCGCACGAAGCUCGUGCAACCUGCCCGCCCAUGGAGUGCAUGGAGCUCAUUACAAGCGUGCCACGCGCGGCCCCGCGUGGAGCACCAUGCCCCGCCGAAGUUGGGCCCCUGGUAAUGUGUCGGGAGGUGACGUAGCCGGCGCCGCUGAAGCUGACCGGCGGGGCGCCCUAAGUGAAGGGCACCAUCCAGCUUGCGAGCGGGUGCGUUGCUGGGGGCUGGCUGGUGUGCUAGACGCUUCAGGAGCCAGCCCCGCCUCGUAGUCAAUGCGUCGAGGGGCAAGGCUGUAGCCGGCGGUGCUGGGGCUGAUGCUUUGGCCGCUGUAAGGGCGCCGGCCCGCGAGUGAGUGGGCCUGGGGCCUCAGCUGUCGAGUUUGGUUGAUUGCCUAGACCCCCGAAGGGGACUGCCUUGGACGUAAUGCGCCCAGGGGUCGCGGGUGACGUCGCUGGCGGCGCUGCAGCUGAUAGACUUCUCGCUUGGCGCCCUGAGGGUGCUGGGUCCGGUCCGCGAGUGAGCGGCUCGUCGGCCUGGGGGUUGGGGCUGGCGGGUUGGAUGCCUAGGGUAGGCCCUGGGCUGCCGGGCUGAACGCGUGUAAACUCUGAUGGAGGAGCGGGCCUGAAGAAACCUCAGAAACUGUUCUGAUAUAACUCUAACAAACAGCGACAGCGGGAGCGGACAUGCCUGAGGCAUCAUGAGCAUGACAUGACA